AUGAAGCGCCAAGCAGAAAAGCAGAUCCGCAGGGAAGACGGCGAAGACGGCUCGGACGACGACUCGCCGUCGCAGGGUUCGAUGCCGAGCACGCCCGCUGCUGGUCGAGUGAUCCGUGGGUUGCCCAAACGCAAAGGCACGCCCGGCGGUACACCUGGCGCAUCCGCCAGCCCCAUCACCUUGGGAGCCGGCACCUCGUCGCCAUUUGGAGCCUCAGCCGCCGGUGGCAGCAAUCCCUUUUCCAGUCUCGGCGGCGGCGCGCCGUCGACCUCGACGCCCACAUUUAGCUUUGGUGCGCCGGCUGCCGCGAGUGCAAGUCCCGCCCCAGCCAAGGCGAAUCCUUUUGGUGGCUUCAGCGGGUUCGGUGCUGCGCCCGUCCCUGCACCGGUGAGCUCGACACCUGCGAGCAGCUCAACGACCACAGCGCCUACAUUCAACUUUGGCUCAUCAGCAGCUGCGCCGGCGACAACAGCACCCACAAAACCGAGCUUCUCGUUCGGUUCGCCCGCAACCUCAGCACCGGCGGCAGCGCCAUCGAAGACCUCGAGCAUCGUCUCGAGCGUCAUCAGCUCGACCCCACCCACCUCCGCUUCCUCGUCCAGCAGCACACCUGCCAAUGGGAGCGCUUCGCCAGGGAAAGAGCGUCUCCGCACGCUGCGCGGGCUCAAUCUUUCGUUCCAAACAACACUGGCGCAGAAGAUCAAGGCGCAGCUGGACGCCGAUCCGUUCGCCGACCUCAGCGGACUGCUCGAGUCCUUCCAGACGCAGUACAGGAAGCACCGCGAUGGCGUCAAGCCAACUGGGGCAAGCAGUGGCACCGCACUGAGCGCAAGCGCAACGUCGUUCAAGCCUGCGAGCAAUGGCACCUCGAGUGCGACACCGGCGCCGGCAGCGUCUGCGACCGCUGCGAGCGCUGCUCUGCCGAGCUUCAGCUUUGGCAAGCCCGCAUCGACGCCCUCGACGGCGGGAUCAAGUGCGGGUGGGGCGGCGGCAGCACCAUCGUUCUCCUUCGGAUCGAGUGCGACAAGCGCAACGACGACCAAACCGGCGAGUUCAGGCUUCUCCUUCUCGCCCGUGAGUGCGUCGAGCUCGUCAUCAACAGAGACCAAACCGGCGGCAGCAGCAAGCGCAAGUGCGCCAGCGACGUCGUCCUUCUCUUUCGAUGGAUUUGGCAAGCCUGCCGCGGCAGCGGAGACAAACGACGAUGCUGAGGUCGACGAAGGCGAUGAGGACGAUGACGAUCAGGACGAUGAGGAGGGCGACGAGGAUGAGGACGACGACGACGAGGAAGAGGAUCCGGAAGACGAUGGUGACGAGUACGACGAGGACGAAGACGCCGAAGAGGACGACGAAGAAGACGAUGAAGCCGAAGACGAUGAUGACGACGAUAUUGUGGCUACAGGCAGCAAGACCGCCUCGUCGUCCAAACCAGCCGUCGCACCGCCGUCGUUCUCGCUCCCCACCGGCGGCUUCUCCUUCGGUGGCAAGCCGGUCAGCUCGACCUCUGACGAGGACAAAUCCAAAGCGGAGGCGACAAAGAACAUGCCUGGAGCGCCGAAGCUCUCGCUGCCUUCAUCUGGCGGCUUCUCCUUUGGAGGCAAGCCGGUCGAUUUCGGCGCUAGCAAGCCCGCUCCCACCCCUGCCCCCGCAGCUCCAGUAUCGACGCCCGCCUUCGGCUCCUCCUCCUCAACGGGUGGUGCAAAGUCGACCUUCUCCUUCGGCUCCUCUUCAUCGACCAGCACGCCAUCAACAGGCUUCUCCUUUGGCGCAGCAAAGCCAAAUCCGUCCUCAGGCUUCGGCGCCGCCUCCCCAGGAUUCACAUUUGGCGCUUCCCCCUCCAGCAACAACUUUGCCAACUUGGGGGCUAGCACAGCAGCCAAACCGGGCGCAUUCACUUUCGGCUCCCAGAUCAAGUUUGGGGAUGCCAAAGACGAGGACAAGGAGGAAAAGUGA